AUGGCCUUUCUCUGGCUCCUCUCCUGCUUCGCCCUCAUGGGGGCCGCCUUUGGCUGUGGAGUCCCCACCAUCCAACCUGUGCUGAGUGGCCUGUCCAGGAUUGUCAAUGGGGAGGACGCUGUCCCUGGCUCCUGGCCCUGGCAGGUGUCCCUGCAGGACAGCACCGGCUCCCACUUCUGUGGGGGCUCCCUCAUCAGCGAGAACUGGGUGGUCACUGCUGCCCACUGCGGGGUCAGGACCACCGACCAGGUCGUGGCCGGGGAGUUUGACCAGGGUUCAGAUGCUGAGGACAUCCAAGUCCUUAAGAUUGCUCAGGUCUUCAAGAACCCCAAGUUCAGCCUGCUCACCGUCCGCAAUGACAUCACCCUGCUGAAGCUGGCCACGCCCGCCCGCUUCUCCCAAACCGUGUCGGCGGUCUGCCUGCCCAACGCUGAGGACGACUUUCCUGCGGGCUCCCUCUGUGUCACCACAGGCUGGGGCAAGACCAAGUACAACGCCAUCAAGAUCCCUGAGAAACUGCAGCAGGCAACCCUGCCCCUUCUGUCCAACACCGACUGCAAGAAGUACUGGGGCAGCAAGAUCACUGACGUGAUGGUCUGUGCAGGGGCCAGCGGCGUCUCGUCCUGCAAGGGUGACUCUGGUGGCCCCCUGGUCUACCAAAAGAAUGGAGUCUGGACUCUGGUGGGCAUUGUGUCUUGGGGCAGCAACACCUGCUCGACUUCUACCCCUGCUGUGUAUGCCCGUGUCACGGAGCUCAUACCCUGGGUUCAGGAGAUCCUGGCUGCCAACUGAGUUUGUGCGUCCUGCAACACCCCCUGACCCCAAGAGUCCCCAAUAAAAGCAUC